UCUUAUUGCAGGCGCCGGGCGGGGACGGGCCAAUGGGAGCAGCGGGGGCGGUGCGGGCCCCUGGAAACAGACGCGGUCUGGGCGAGCGGCGGCCGCCCAUUGGCUGCGGCCAGGACACCUUUAACUCGACGUCACCGAGCCUGGGACUGGAUAAGAACCGACGCGAGUUCGCGUCUGGUUUAAGCCGCAGACCCAAGUUUUUUUUCAAUAUAUAACUCAGUCUUCCCGCAUGGUCAGAGGGGGAAGGUUGUGCCAAAGUAUAUACACAUUAAAAAAAAAACAAGAAACCAGGUUCUCUCCUGCGAAGGCGAGGGGCAGCUUGCAAAGCAUUCUGCAAAUAACAGGGAAAGAAAAAGUGCAAGCUGACCAAACUGCUACCGUCUGAUAUAUAAAACAAGAAAGCCUUUUUUGUUUCUCUCACCCCUCAGCGCCCAUAGAGUCACAAUAUAUUUUAGGGGAAAGAGCGAGAGCAUGGUGCAACAGACGAACCACGCAGAGAACACGGAAGCGGCGCUCGUUAGAGAGUCUACCGACUCCGGCGCUUCAGAUCUGGGCAUUGCCUGCUCGCCGGCGACGGACUCGCUCGCGUCGGACGGGGAGAAAACGGACGAGCCUAGCUGGUGCAAGACCGCCAGUGGGCACAUCAAGAGACCCAUGAACGCGUUUAUGGUGUGGUCGCAGAUCGAGAGGAGGAAGAUCAUGGAGCAGUCGCCGGACAUGCACAACGCGGAGAUCUCCAAGCGCCUGGGCAAGCGCUGGAAGUUGCUCAAAGACAGCGAUAAGAUCCCUUUCAUCCGUGAAGCCGAGAGGUUGCGCCUGAAGCACAUGGCGGACUACCCCGAUUACAAAUACAGGCCGCGGAAAAAGGCGAAAUGUGCGGGCAGCAAGCCGGGGGAGAAAAGCGAAAAGGUCAACACUAAACCGUCGGCGAAAAAGAGCAGUGGCGGCAACGGUAGCGCUGGCAAGUCCAGCAAAACGCACAAGAUCAUCCUGGCCACGCUCACCAAGGCGCCGACUGUCCACCAGCACCCGCAGUCAGGCACCACUACUUCUAACACAAACACUAGCAACCAACAGUCAAUUUACAAAGCGCGGACCAGCGCCGCUUCCAAGCACAUUGUAGAUAAGAAACUAAAAGAGAGGCGGUCGUUCGGGGCUCUGGGCAGCACGUCUUCAGCCGCCGUGCCAGCCAGCCCGACUCUCAGCUGUUCAGCCGAGCCCAUCGACCCGGUCAGUUUCUAUGAAGACCUGGCCAGCGGGACGGGAGCGAGGGUGCCCGACUCGCCCGGAGACCAGCGCAAACACCCGGGUAGUUUGAGAUCGAUCUCCCCGUCCCCUUCCACAACCCACUCCUGUUCCUCCUCGUCUCUGGCCUCGUCUUCCGACGAAGAGUUUGAGGACGACCUAAUGGACCUUAGCUCCAGUCCGACUUUCGAGAACAUGACACUGGGCAAUUUGAGUUCGUCUCUGGACAGAGAUUUGGAGUUUAAUUUCGAGCCGGAGUCCGCGUCUCAUUUCGAGUUCCCAGACUACUGCACGCCAGAGGUGAGCGAGAUGAUUUCAGGGGAAUGGCUGGAGUCAAGUAUUUCAAACCUGGUGUUCACGUAUUAAAACGCGACGAGUGAAAGAAAACUGACUUGCUGUUUUAUCUUGGAGCGAAACGAAAAGGGGGAUCGUGAAUUGAAGUCAUUGUGAUCCGAAUGCUGUAAAAAUGCGCGAUCGAUAAAUGCCCGAUCGCGAGUCUUUCCAAACAGCAAACAAAAAAAAAUCGACGCGUUUCUUCAGGAGGGACCGAGAGACGUGUUUUAGGAGGACUGAGAUUCCAAUGGGGGGAAAAAACUGCCAGCCUAGAGUCUGGGUUGAAAAGGAAAACCAGAAAUUGUUUUGCACGUAAAGAGAGAACGCGGCCUUGGCAUUAGGGACAGGUCGUUUUAAACCGUGGAAAGAAAUCGCCAAAACAGAUUAUGUUGGUACAGACAUGUGAGAUCUUACACGCGAAGACAGCGUUUCUUCGAAGAGUGAUGGUAUUGGAUUACUGUGUUUCGCUGGGUUCAUAGCAUGUUGUACUGUAUCUUCCCAGAUUCUGUACAGAUUGAAACCGGCAAAAAAAAAAAGUGUUCGGACAAGUCGACCAGAUAGAUGGCGCUCUGUAUGAUUCCUACAAAGUCACCAGCCUUUCAAUUCCUCUUUUAUCAUUAACGCAAACUCAAAUCUCCGCGGGACUGCAUUUACUGGACCAAAUUUCCUCAAAAGUUCCAUAAAUUCCACAAAUACUACAAAAAACAUGAAUUUCUUGUCACCGAUGUCUCAUCCUCGUAUUGUUUUUGUUUUGGGUUUUUUUCCCCUUGUAAAUGUAAUCAAAAACCAUUUUUUUAUAUGGAUGUAUUUAUACCGGCCAAAUAUUUUGACUUUUGUUUCGUGGGCCUCUUAAUUACCCGCACCGUUUUAUCUCCUUCACCGAAGGGCUAGAGUUAAACUUUUAAUUUUAUAUUUAAAUGUAGACUUUGACACUUUUUAAAAAACAGAGAAAGAUGAGACGUUUGAUUAUUUUCUCAGUGUAUUUUUGUAAAAAAUAUAAAGGGGGUGUUAAUCGGUGUUUAUCGCUGUUUGGGUUUCCUGAUCACGAACAAAGAGGCCAAUGUCACAAUGUUGCCUCUUUUUUUAUAUUCCACUUGUUUACACACUUCAAUCUGCAGGUUUUUGUACCGCGAGGCUGCAUGUUGGCUUCGCCUGCUGUCUCUGAGCAAAUGUCAUAGCUCACAACAGCCCUUCCUGUCUAUUUUAGCUGAUAUAUCUCCUUUAUAGUAUUUAAAAAAAUAUGGGAAACCAUUUGGACACUUUUACCAUUGAAACAGGUGACCCUAAAGCUUCCUUUGAACUGCUGCAGUUUGGCUGGGGACAAGUAAACAAAUGUUAGCGAAAUGUAAUGGGAGUAUCAACCAGGAUUGUGUUCCCAUUCCUUCUAAGGUUGAGCAUCAAGGUAAACGACAUGGGAUGCUGCACCUUUCUCCCAAUUAUGUGGCGCUCCUUAAAUGGCGCUGAAUCACUGGAUAUCAAAUGUUGAUUUGAGUUCGCUAUACAAAUAAUGUGUUUCUCAUUCUGUAAUGAUAAUUAGUAUUAAUUCUUAUAACUUGUUGGCAAAAUAUUAUUGUUUUUGGCAUGAAGCUAGCUUAUAUAAUUCCAAAAUCAGGUGUAGUUGAUGUGGGGAGGAGGGGGGGGGGGGGCGGUUAUUGAAGAAGAGCGGGGGUUGGGAGGUAAGCGCGAACGCCUUUGUAUAUUUAAAUCUGUAUUAUAUCAACACGAGACUGGGUUACUUGUAUGUGUCCAAAACUACCGCGACAGGCAUUAAGGCAGCAACCGCGAAAAGAAAUGUUGGUUGCUGUCCGAUUGUUAUUUUUUUUAAAUUUCUGUUAUUUUAACUUUCUUUUUUUUACUCAUCCUGUGCAAUAUGCUGUGUAUAGUCUGUCAGAUCAUGCCUCAACAAAACUUUUUUAUUUUGGAAAAAAACAUUCAUGCCAGCUAAUCGUGUCGUCACUGCCUGUCAAGAUUGUCGAUAAACUUGUAAAUAGUUCUUUGAGAGAAAGCGACAGAGAAAGAGAGAGAGAGAGAGGCAGGGAGAGACUAAUAAAAAUCAGCUGGAACUGAACCCUAA